AUGGCUGGCUUAGACUUGGGCUCAGCAUCUCGCUUUGUUCAUCAGCAGCUCCAAAUCCCCGACCUCCACCUCCAAAGACCACCGGAUUCUGAUGAUGAUCACAACACCCCCAACCGCAACAACCUUUUCUCCUCCGACCACCACCAAAACGACGUUGAUGAUGACAACCCUCAUCAUCAAGGGCUUGAUCUUGUGACCCCGAACCCUGGUUCGGGGGAUUCUGGAGGUCGACGCUCCAGAGGUCGACCUCCAGGAUCAAGGAACAAGCCCAAACCACCCGUGAUCAUAACUCGGGAGAGCGCAAACACUUUGCGAGCUCAUAUUUUGGAGGUCAGCAGUGGCUGUGAUGUGUUUGAUUCCGUUGGAACAUACGCCAGAAAAAGGCAGAGAGGGAUUUGCGUGCUGAGUGGGAGUGGUAUGGUAACCAACGUGAGCCUGCGUCAACCAGCUGCGGCUGGCGCAGUUGUCACGCUGCACGGCAGAUUUGAGAUUCUGUCGUUGACAGGCUCGUUUCUACCGCCCCCUGCGCCACCCGGGGCCACUAGCCUGACCAUAUUUUUGGCUGGUGGUUCGGGCCAGGUUAUGGGUGGAAAUGUUGUAGGAGCACUCAUAGCAUCUGGGCCUGUUAUUGUCAUAGCCUCAUCGUUUACCAACGUAGCCUAUGAGAGGUUGCCCUUGGAGGAAGAGGAGCAGCUGCAGAUGCAGCAGCCUGUGCCGCAGUCUUCGGGCGGCGGAGGCAGUGGUGGCGGCACCGGCGGUGGAGGAGUAACGAACCCCUUUCCAGAUCCGUCUUCGGGGCUUCCCUUCUUCAAUCUUCCGCUCAAUAACAUGCCUCAUCAGCUGCAGGUUGAUAGUUGGGGAGGAAACUCUGCCGGGCGGCCGCCUUAUUGA